GAUUAUUCAAAAAGUAAACAAAGUUCUUGGAUCUGACCUGGUGCAAUAUAAUGUUGUUUCUGCCACGGGUUUGGAUACCACAAAUUCGUAACCAGCUCCGGCACUAUGCCAAGAAGUCCAAGUCACAGAUAAAACCAUCAAUGGCAGUCAACAACCAAGUGGUGCACCAGGAGGUAUUCCGUUAUGUAAACCCAUAUGCCAGGAUUAAUGUGGUAUCCGAUCUGACUGUGUUAGUCAAGUCGGCCGAUGUGCACCAAUACACCAGUGGUGAUGUCUUCAUAGCGCAACUGCAAGGCUGCAGGCCGAAGAACACAAAAGUUACGUUUGAUGUCAACACUUCCGACGAUGAAAAGGUCGUGAAUGUUGAGGUAAGAAACACGGCGGAGAAGCCUUCACGAUUUGAGUGCCAUCUUCAAAUUCCCGUGCGGUCAGACGUUUUCAUAGAAGGAGGAGCCAACGUAAGCGUUGAGGGCAUACAGAGCGAGUGUCUGCAGGUCAAGGCAGAAGGUGCAAUUGUUACCAAGAAUGUGCGGGCCACAAACAUUUCUCUGUACAGUGAGAAUGGCAACAUCACCUGUGAGGGUACUCUGCUGGGAAAAUCCACCGAAAUUGAAACCAACAAUGGUAAUAUUGAGUUGGACAAGCUGCAAGGCGACAGCCUGAAAUGCUCCACCAAGGGAGGCAACAUUAUUACAGACUGUUGCUACGUGGAGAAAUCGAAAUUUCAAACAAAAACCGGCCGACUGGAACUGAGAAAUAUUCACAAGACUAGUGAAGUGCAUGUCCACGAUUCAGCCGAGCUCAAUAUGACUGGAGUCCACGGCAAUCUGCAGGUGGUCACCAAAGGAGGCAGCUUGAAUCUGCAGCUUUCCGAGUUGAUGGGACAGUGCAGCAUUUCGGCUGAUAAUUUGGAAAACGAUGCCGUUAUCCACAUAUCAGACAGCAUUGAAAAGGAGUUGAACAUCGAAGUAACAACAGCAUCUGAGGUCAGGUUAGACGACGAGCUAGCGCAUGUGUCACAUGCGCUGAGCGAAGACAAGAGCAAAUUCUUACUUAGCAAUGAGAAUCAGCAUCAUCGACUGAUAGUCAACAGCACUGGGGAAAAAGGCGUUCGAUUGGGAAAGCAAUCCUGGAGCGACAUGAUGCGGCGGAAGCUGCAGGACAUAGCCACUGAAAAUCAAAAUUAAAAUAAGACUCAUUAAGUUACGAAUAUAUUGUGCUGUAAGCUAAAAUA